AUGCCUCGCCGAAAGCCUAUAACCAAACUCGGCGUGUUUGGAAAGUUCGAUUUGAACCCGGAAAGGGCAGUGGAAAACUAUUUCGAGUCCAAAUUUAACAGCAAAUUCUAUACUAACGUGCCCGAGUGGGAUGUGGCUCGGAAUGGGUUCGAACUUAAGGGAAUCCACAGCGAUCGUGACUACAUCGAGAUUACCAAGGAGCAACACCGGAUGCGCGAGCAGUCCCAACGCCAAGCGGCGGUCAACAAACGGCGGCUGACGCAGACCAACCAGCUUCUGCAGCAAAUGCGCGAAGAGUUUAUUGAGCUAAACGAUUUCCUUAAGGAUUGUGAGAUGAAGGAAAACAACGCGUUGGACACGGUUCGCAGGGAAACGGAAAAGCACGCGCAGUACGGCAAAAAGAUCGCGCAGCUCGAAAGCGACAUCGAAAAACUGGACGACUUUGUUCUGAAGUACGAAGAAACGAUCGACCUGUUCGAGCCCUUCGAGAAAGUCAUGGAGCAGACCAUCGCCGAAUCAAAGACCUACGAAACGAUGCAGGACCUCAUCCAACGUUGUGAUUCACUCCUACUGGCGCAAGUGGAAAUUUCGGCCGUAGAGCAGCAAAAAAUAUUGGAAAUCGAAGAGAUUCGUCAGAACCUGUUCAAAGCCACCAAGACGGCCCUGCACAUCAUAACCGGGCUCAACAACGAUCUGUCCGAGCUGCUGACACAGUACGUGGCGGCAAAGGAGGAAGGGCUGCGAUGGGAAAAGUCGGUCACCGUCGCCAAAAGCUACAUAGGGGAGAGUGAGUGCAACGUUAACUGUCUGCUUGACGCCAUCAACCACGUGUACAUUCUACUGUGCAAACGCCGCGGCACCACACCGAAAGCGCCCCGCGGUGACGCCGAAACGCAGCUCGAUCACAUCAAGGAGGAAAUCGAGAUCCUCCACGAAGUACGCCGAAUAGCGGAGGUCAAGCAGGAGAACGACGGGCACAGUCUGUGCGCGGAAAAGGGCACCGAGCGACGCCGAGGUGGAGGUGCCCUAUAA